GGACCUCUGACUAAAUGCUUCUUCAAUGGCAUUUUCUGUGGGGAUGGCCGUUGGACUGUGAGACAGACUACCUACUGUAUUAAGUGUUUAUUUCCCCCGCUGUGCCAUGGACUUUAAUGUUAAGCGGCUCGCCGCAGACGCCGGUACUUUCUUGAGCCGCGCGGUACAGUUCACAGAGGAGAAGCUGGGCCAGGCUGAGAAGACAGAGUUGGACGCCCAUCUGGAGAACCUGUUGGUCAGAGCUGAGAACACCAAACAAUGGACAGAGAGGAUUAUGAAGCAGACAGAAGUCUUACUGCAGCCCAACCCGAAUGUCCGGCUUGAAGAAUUUCUGUAUGAGAAACUGGAGAAAAAAGUCCCUACACGAAUGAACAACCAUGAGCUACUGGGCCAGUCCAUGAUCGAGUCUGGAAAUGAGUUUGGUCCUGGAACUGCCUACGGAAAUGCUCUGAUAAAAUGUGGCGAGACAGAGAAACAGAUUGGUGGGGCAGAGCGGGAGUUCAUCCAAAGUGCUGCCAUCAACUUCCUGACACCUUUCAGAAACUUUCUAGAGGGCGACUUCAAAACCAUCCUGAAAGAAAGAAAGCUGCUGCAGGUCAAACGCCUGGAUCUGGAUGCAGCCAAAACCAGGCUAAAGAAAGCCAGGAUGGCUGAUGCAAGAGCUGUGGCUGAGCAGGAGUUGAGGAUGACCCAGAGUGAGUUUGACCGGCAGGCAGAGAUCACCAGGCUGCUGCUAGAAGGCGUCAGCAGCACCCACGCACACCACCUACGCUGCUUGAAUGAUUUUGUGGAGGCCCAGACUACGUACUACGCACAGUGUUACCAGUACAUGGUGGAUCUUCAAAAGCAGCUGGGCAGUUUCCCCUCAUCUUUCACCAACAACAACCAGUCGUCAGUGUCGGGUGGGGCCAGCAUCUCAGUACCCACCAUCCCGGUGUCAGCUUCCCUGCCAAGUGUGUCUGCCGGCCGCGGCAGCUCUGCAGCAUCAGGCGGAUUCAGUGAAUUGCGGAUAUCCAAUGGCAGUCGCAAAGCCCGAGUCCUUUAUGACUAUGACGCUGCCAGCAGCAGCGAGCUUUCCCUGCUGGCUGAUGAGGUGAUAACAGUCAGCAGCGUCCCAGGCAUGGAUUCAGACUGGCUGAUGGGUGAGCGAGGCAACCAGAAGGGCAAAGUUCCCAUCACCUAUCUGGAGCUGCUUAACUGAGCCCGCUGUAACCAGCUGUGAUCCCAUAUUUAUAUAGUAUUGCAGGGACUGGCCUCACUUUCUCUUCCAUUUCAGUCAUUUUAGAAUGAGUUUUAUUUGUAUGAAAAGAAGAUGGAGUCUAAGUUUUAGAGGACUUGAGCUGGAAUGAAUAAAUCUGAGCAAAGGGAAAGGAAACGGACCCAUUCCCAGAUGUGUUUGUAUGCAACUGCAGUACAUUUGUAAAACUUGCCUACAUGCCUUUGUGUUUGAUGCCAUACAAUCUGCAAUAUGUGCCAGAACAUCUCCCAAACUGUAACUUUUUUUAAAAAUUGUUUUUGUUUAUGAUACGUAUCUCAGAUGGCGACCUUAAAUGCUUAUGAUGUGAGGGUUUUUUUUUUUUGAGUGGUGAAACAGUAGAUGCAUUGUUUUAAUGGCAGAAAUGCACUUCAGUCUGAAGUGGAGACUGAUGCUGAUUGUUUUUAAGUCUUAUUUUAUAAUGGAUAAUAUUAUGCUGCAGUAGCUCUUAUGGUUAUCUUAAAUUCAAAUAGUUUUUUUUAAACAGUAUCCUAUGUGUUGUGCGUCAGCUUUAUUCCCAUGGAGCCUUACUGCACCGUGAGUUGAACACAUUAUUCAGUGCAUUUGACUGAAGGUGUAGCCACCACGGACUAAUAAAACUCACAUGUCAAACAUAAUAUUAAGUGCCUGUCACAGUGAAUCGGCCAUCCUAAAACCAUUCGCCAUGUUUGCAGCUACACCAGAAGUAUUGAGACUUGGCCCAGUCUCCUGUCUUUGUAUUGAACCCUGGUAUUUUUCCCAGGCAUUAUUGACAACUGGAAUCCAGCAUUUCCACCUUUCUGUUGAUGUUUAUCAGCCAGAAGACAGCUGUUAUCUUGAUUAAAUUAUUAAUUUAUGUAUUGGUCAUAAAUACACAAUUGGUGAUAUGUGUAGUGCCUCUGGUUUUUGUCGACUUGGUGUUUACUUUAAAGGAAGAAAACACCUUAAAGAGUGAAACUUUUUUUUGACAUUGCUGCCAUCAUCAUAUAUCAUUUCAUCAGUUUCCUCUAAACCUGUAUAUCAACUCCCCAUUGGAAAAAAGUCCUGUUACAUUAUGGGAGAUUUAAGUAUAUCACUUCACAGCUGCUUUUUGUUUUGUGUGUAACUGAUAAGAUAGAGUACAAUUGUAAAAUAAAUAUGCAAUGUGGUGCAUUAAAAUAAAAGAAAUGUCACUUA